AUGGAGGACGCUCACGUUGACGACAAGAACCUAACCAUCAUCCUCGCCUCGGUAAUUCCUGGCGUUGCAUUCAUUCUGCUCUGCGCCAUUCUACUAUACCAGAUUCAGAAGCGCAGAGCACGUCUUUUUCGCAGAGGCAUCACUCCGAUUGGCGAGGAGGAAAUUCAGUCAUGGAAAGUCGACAAGGACGAUGAGCAGUCCGAGACCCUUGAGCAAGGGCCAUCACAUCAACGCGGAAACUCGGCUUCCUCCCACAAACCCGCGAGCAUCAUCGUCUAUCAGAACACUACGUCAGGUCGGGUCUCCGAGGACCAACAACCACACCCUACUUCGCCGCCAUACCGUGUUAGCAUCGACAUUCCCACCACGCCAGUGGUUGCCCGCGCACCGAAUGCUCGGCCCGGCCUGACAGAUGAUACUAUCCCAGGAGACGAUGCCUUCAUUCUUCAGCCUAAACGGCAGACACGGCUCGCCAAGCACCCGCCAGUGUCUGCAGCAAGCCGGCACCACCGUGCAUGGAGCACACGCUCCAUAUCCCGCCGGCCCUCGCACGAGUGUUGGUAUGGCACCGAGCACGACGGUACACCGCCACGUCACUCUACAGAGACCUUUACCCGCAGCCGGAGCCGAUCGUUGCACCAGGCUUCAAACAACAGCACCGCCUACUCGACGCCCGCUAAGCCACCCAGGGCUUCCUUUGACGAUGAAAUGUUUCUAGGCGGGCUCUCACCACGACCACCAGUCCACAAGUCCGAGAUUGGUCGAGCUAUCGGCUGA